AUGGCAGCGAUGCAUUUCGCGCCUCUGUCUGUGCUGCUGGCACUAGCGACCGGUGCACCCCUGGAGGCGCCGUCCGUGGCGUCGCGCCCUCUAACUUUUGGCAAGGACGGAAACUUUCAGAUUAGUGUAUUUGAAGACCUUCACUUUGGCGAGAAUGCAUGGGAUUCCUGGGGUCCUCAGCAGGACAUCAACUCUGUCAAGGUCUUGAACAAUGUGCUUGACAAGGAAACGCCGCAGCUUGUCGUUCUGAAUGGCGAUCUCAUCACCGGCGAAAACGCCUUUGUCCACAACGGCUCCGCGUACGUCGACCAGAUUGUGAAGCCGAUCGUGGACCGCGGCUUGCUCUGGGCGUCCACCUACGGAAACCACGACAGCGACUUUAACCUCUCGUCGGCCUCGACCUGGGCGCGCGAGAAGACGUACCCCAACUGCCGCACCGGGCGCAUGGUCCCGGGACGCAACGCCGGCGUGAGCAACUACUACCUGCCCGUGUACCCGCGCAAGUGCUGCAAGCCCGAGUGCGCGCCGGAGCUGCUGCUGUGGUUCUUUGACAGCCGCGGCGGCUUCUACUUCCAGGAGACGCACCCCGACGGCAGCCGCGUCGGGCAGCCCGGCUGGGUCGACCAGAGCGUCGUCGACUGGUUCCAAAAGACGAAUGCCGAGCUGACGGCGCAGCACGGCCGCGUGAUCCCGUCGCUCGGCUUUGUGCACAUUCCCCCAUACGUCUCCCAGGCCAUCCAGAAGGAGCACGGCAGGGGCAGCAUCGACCCAAACACCAACCCGGGCAUCAACGACGACUACCUCCUGGCGCCGCAGGCGCAAGGGUGGUGCCCGGACGGCACAAACGACGGCUCGUGCGCGUACGGCGGGCAGGACGUGCCCUUUAUGCAGGCGAUUGCGUCCACGUCUGGCAUGAUUGGCCUCUUCUCGGGCCACGACCACGGCGACACGUGGUGCUACAAGUGGGAUCGCCUGGUGCCCGACACGACGGUGGCUGGAAACGGCGUCAAUCUGUGCUUCGGCCAGCACUCGGGCUACGGCGGAUACGGCAACUGGAUCCGGGGUGCGCGGCAGAUCCGUGUCAACCGCGCCGAGCUGAGGAAGAAGAACUUGACGGCGGAGACGUGGAUUCGUCUGGAGAAUGGCGCAACUGUGGGCUCAGUCGUGCUCAACUCGACAUUCAACCAGGACAGGUACCCGCCGACAAAGGACGACAUGACGUAUUGCCCGACUUGUAACUACACGGUCAUUACGCCGCACCCAAAGGCGGUCAGUGUGAAUAAGUUAUUGGAGGAGCCUUCGCACGGUGAAUGGAAGGCUGGUGGAGAGUUGUAA